ACGGUGGUGCCUUGAACACACAGUUGUGUAUGCAAACACGCUGAUUUUAACUGCAUUUUUAACCACAGCUGUGGGUAACACCUCUGACACGCCCACCAAACGGGGAAGUCCGUUGCCCAACGUUGCAUAAUGUUGAUUGAAAAACUGGUAAAAUAAUCAUAUUUACAAAGCUUGAGAGAACCCAGCUUUCUUUGCAGCACUGUGAAAGUGUUUUUUUUUCUGUUCUGUGACUUUAUUUUAUAAUGAUGACCGGAGGCAGUAUGUGGAGUCAGUUCGCAUUCCUGUUAUGCUAACGUUAGCAACCGUUAGCUAACGUAACGUAUCACCAGUGGCUGAAACCUUUCCAGACAGUCGUCACUUUUUUUCGUUUGCAGGUGUUUGCUGAGUUCAUCACUUUACAUAUGUUGAACCUAUGCCACCAAUUCUACUGCGAACUUGAGAUACACACCACAACUGAUUGCCCUGUACAGGCAGAAGGCCAAGAGAGCAGAGGCCCUGCAAUGAUCCUCAGGAUUUAUGACCUUCAGUGUCAUUGUGUUCUGGUUCAAAUCAGUUUGCAGUGGAGCUCCACCAGUAAAGUGAUGGCUCGGGGUUGUCUCGUCACCUGUCCAGAUUUGGACUAAAGGGCCUGCUGAGUGUCAAGGGAGACAACACAAAGACAGAAUCACUGUCACAAAUCACCAUAAUCUCUCCACUCCUCUUCUGUGUCUAAAGCAUCAGAAUAGUGGUGUGAGGAAAUGGCAAGUCACAGGGACCCUCGCUUUCUGCACAACCUGUCCUACCACCCACGAUGGCAGCACGACUUAGGAAAAGUGAAGAGAAAAAGACAUAUGCAGACAGUGGUUACAAACAGUUGCAGUGGAUAUAGUCUGGAUAAAUCAUUAGCAGCUUCAUCAUCGUCAUCAGGGCCAUUGUCAUCAAAACCACAGUUACUAUCGUCCCCUGUGCAACGCUACAGGAGCUGUUGGGGGAACUGGUUUCUUCUGCCCUUACUCAUAGUCUCAUUACUACCCUGUCAAGCUUGGGGGACCACCUUCAAGGUGGCCCUGGUUGGACCCUGGACAUGUGACAUGUUAUACUCUAAAGCCCUCCCUGACUUGGCAGCCCGCCUUGCCACCACUCGCAUAAACAAGGACCCUUCCCUCAACAAAGGCUACUGGUAUGACUACACACUGAUUAAUGAGGACUGCAAGUCCUCCCGUGCCCUUGCUCGCUUUGCGGAGCUGAAAGGUUAUGGUGCUGCUUUCCUGGGCCCCGCCAAUCCAGGCUACUGCUCCUCAGCUGCUUUGUACGCAAAAGAGUGGGAUAUUGGGAUUCUUUCCUGGGGUUGCCUCAAACCACACAUGAAAAGAGGAGAAAUGUACCCCACCUUCCUGCAGCCGCUGCCACUGUCCUCCAAUGUACUCUUCACUGUGUUGCGGUACUUUCAUUGGGCCCAUGUGGCCAUAAUCUCGGAGGAGACAGACAUCUGGGAAUCCACAGGACAGGAGCUGGCCUCAUCACUGAGGGCCCUUGGCCUGCCUGUCAACCCUGUGGUCACUAUGGGGGACGACAAGGAUGGGCCUCGGAGGGCCCUAACAAAAGUACGGGAAGCAGACCGGGUCAGAGUGGUCAUUAUGUGCAUGCCUUCUGUCCUGAUUGGUGGCCAAUCCCAGUACCAACUUCUGACAACAGCCUUGGCCAUGCGUAUGAUCGACCGUGGCUAUGUGUUCAUCCCCUACGACACCCUGCUCUAUGCGUUACCCUAUGAGGAUGCACAUUACUAUUCGCUAGGCAAUGACACCAAGCUGCGGAAAGCCUAUGACGGGGUCCUCACCAUCACAAUGGACUCCGGAGAACGCAAUUUCUAUGAGGCCUUCAAAGAUGCUCAGGACAGCUAUGAAAUUCGCAGCAGCACCCCACCAGAGCAGGUUUCUCCAUUUUUUGGCACCAUCUACAACAUGAUGUACUACAUAGCUAUGGCUGCUGAGCAGGCCCGUGUCAAUGAAGGCCGUUGGGUAACUGGUCAGAUCCUAGGUGACAGCAAGGGUGGCUUUGAAUUUAAAGGCUUUAAUCAGCUCUUGAGGGCCGGCAGGAAUGGCGAAGGUAUGCAGGCUCGCUAUGUAGUGCUGGACUACAGUGGCAUGGGCACCACUCUCUACUCCACUCAUAUUCUGGCGGCUGCUCAUACAGAUGGCAAGACUGGGGGCUUGAAAUACCUCAGUCGUUCGAUCCAUUUUGCAGGCAGCACGCCCUACACAGACUCAAGCUGCUGGUUUAGCCCAUACUUUGCCUGUAGUGGAGGCAUAGAUUCAGUCUCUCUCUUCAUUCUGUUCUUUGUGUUUAUUUUAUUGGCUGGACUUGGAGUUAACUUUCUUAUGGGUGUCAAAAAAGGCAGAGUUGGGCUCAGCUCUGGAAGUGGUAACGGUGGAUCAAAGAAGAUAGUUCUGACCCUGGAUGACCUGGUCUUCAUCAACACUCAAGUCAGCAAACGGAAGAUCAAUGACGAAAGUAUCUUGAGAAGCCAGCUGGAUGUGAAGACCCCUCAACACUCGGUGUCUGGUCGCAGCUACUUGGCCUCCUCUCCAGAAAGAUCCAACGUUGCCGUGUUUGAGGGUGACUGGGUUUGGUUGAAGAAAUGUCCCGCUGGAGCAGUGUCGGGUUUCAACAGCGACACUGAGUUUGUCUUUGUCAAGCUCAGAGACAUGAGGCAUGAGAACCUCAAUCUGUUCCUCGGACUGUUCUUCGACUCUGGGAUCUUUGGUGUUGUGACUGAGCACUGCACCAGGGGCAGCUUGGAGGAUCUGCUCGGCAACGAGGAAGUGCGUCUCGACUGGAUGUUCAAGUCUUCCCUGUUAAUAGAUCUGAUUCGAGGAAUGAAGUACCUGCACAAUCGUGACGUCGUCCACGGGCGGCUCAAGUCCCGUAACUGUGUGGUGGACGGACGCUUUGUAUUGAAGGUGACGGAUUAUGGGUUCAACGAAAUUUUGAUUUCCCAGAGCAUUGAGAGUGACGAUGGAAAGCCAGAGAAUCUGCUUUGGACGUCUCCUGAGCUGCUGCGAAGUUCCAGUCUGAGGAGUAAGGGCACUUUCGCCGGAGAUGUCUACAGCUUCGCCAUCGUAGCGCAGGAGGUCAUCUGUCGCUGUACACCUUUCUGCAUGCUGGACAUGCCUCCCAAAGAGAUCAUCAGCAAGGUCAAAGAGCCUCCUCCGCUGUGUCGGCCUGUUGUGUCCGUUGACGAGGCCCCACUGGACGUGAUACAGAUUGUAAAACAGGCCUGGAGUGAGGAUCCUGAUAAGAGGCCGACGUUUGAGGAGAUCUUCAAACAGUUCAAGAGCAUCACCAAGGGAAAGAAGACCAACAUCAUCGACUCUAUGCUGCGCAUGUUGGAACAGUACUCCUCCAACUUGGAGGAUCUGAUUAGAGAGAGGACAGAGGAGCUGGAGGUGGAGAGACAGAAGACUGACCAACUUGUGGCUCAGAUGUUGCCCAAGUCUGUGGCCCAGGCGUUGAAGACAGGGAAGCCCGUUAAACCCGAGCACUUCAGCGAGGUCACGCUGUACUUCAGUGACAUCGUGGGCUUCACCACCAUCUCUGCCCUCAGCGAGCCCAUCGAGGUGGUCGACUUACUCAAUGACCUCUACACACUCUUUGAUGCUAUCAUUGGACUGCAUGAUGUCUACAAGGUGGAAACUAUCGGAGAUGCCUACAUGGUAGCCUCAGGAGUCCCCAAUAGGAACGGCAACCGCCAUGCAGCUGAGAUGGCCAACAUGUCUCUUGACAUCCUCCACUGCAUUGGGACCUUCAAGAUGAGGCACAUGCCUGAGCUAAAAGUCAGGAUCCGCAUUGGCCUGCACUCUGGCCCAGUGGUAGCAGGAGUAGUGGGUCUCACGAUGCCUCGAUACUGUCUGUUUGGAGACACUGUGAACACAGCAUCUCGAAUGGAGUCCACAGGGUUGCCUUACAGAAUCCAUGUCAACCAAAGCACAGUUGAUAUCCUGAACAGCUUGAAGCUGGGAUACAAAAUUGAUGUCAGAGGCUUGACAGAGUUAAAGGGAAAAGGGAUUGAGAACACAUUUUGGUUGGUAGGGCGGGAGGAUUUCACCAAGCCUCUGCCUAUUCCUCCAGACACUCAAGGGGGAAGCAAUCAUGGUAUCAGUUUAGAGGAGAUACCUGUUGACAGAAGACAAAAGUUCUUGGAUCGACAGAAGAAGAUGGGCUAGUGUUUUUUUUUACAAAUGUCCCAGAAUGAAAACUGAUAUUUUUCAUUGAAAGAAUACACAGAUGUGUUAAUGAAAGGUUGAACAUGCUAUAAUACCCUAUAAUUUGUGCUACGCUCAAAGUUAAAUGCAGCACCAGUGACACUGGAAAUCAUUUCUAUGCUAAAAUAAUCUUUCAUUCUCUUCAUUCACAGUUUUAGCACAUCUGUGCCACAAAGAAAAAAACAACUCCAAGAUGCAAAAAAUUAGCCAAAAACAUUACAUUACAUUACAGCGUGAUAUGCAUAUCAAGGUUGACUUACAGGUCUAAAAUAUGUUGAUUUAGAGGACAGCAAUUGCCUAACAAGAAGGGACUGUGAUGGGUGUAUCUACAAAAAUCGCAGUAUCAUUUGUAAUACCGGUGUACUUCAUGUACUGUAUGUAUUUGUACUGAUCUUUGUGCUUUGGAGAGAUUUUAUAAUGAACACCCCAAGGGUGGAAGCUUUUACUGCUCGACCAUUCAUCUCUGGUAUAAUAGUCUAUGCUGCACUCACUUUAGAAGCAUUAGCCUUUUACAACACAGAAUUAAUACAUUAAAACAGUUUCACAGUAACUUAAGCUGGAAAGCACUGGGCAGGUCAGUCAGGGUUGAGAGCUCAGGUCUGGAAUAUCUCUGAUUUUGCUUUUGUGGCAGCAUUGCUGGGAUUAUUCACACAUUUGAUAAAUGAAGCCAUAUUAUCAAAAAUGGUCUAAACAAAGCAUCUGGUUUGUUUAUUUAAUAAUACAAUAAAUUAUUAAUAUAGAAUUUUUUAUAAACUCAAUAAUACUUGACUAUGUUUCUCUAUUGCGAUAAGCCUAUUUGAGUUGAUUUGACUGAUGGGUCUGGUACUAACUUAUUAAAUUUAAUUAAAUAUGCUCUAAAUUUUAGUUUAGAUGACUUAUUCCAAUUGUAAUCACAAAAAGAAAAUGAUGAUGGGGCCAAAAACACCUGCAAAGCUGAAAUAGAUAAAUAUAUUCCAACAUUUACUGACAAAUAGUUUUGACAAUAGAAAAAUGCCAUGGGACCCACAUGAUUGACUAAUGAUGUGCAUAUACAGUAUGUUUCUCUCCCUAAUGCUGUUAUAGCACUACAUACAGUGUGUAUUGCUUUUAACAUUAUGCUGACAUUUUCUACCAAAUAGAAGACGUAUGCAACAAACAAGACCCAAACUAUUGCUUGCUAACAACAAUGUAGUUUUACUAUAGCUUCACCUACAGUACAUUUAGCCUAUUAUUGUACUGUAUGUACUGUACAGCACGCUGUGUGUUCAAUGGGGUCUAAAUAGGACAGCAAUAGGAAGACCUGAUUUCUGUGACAUACAUCUGCUUUGCACUGAUAUGCAGAAUGUCGAAGUCAAUUGACUGAAAUGAUCAUCUCCAAUAAUGUGCUUCAGCAGAUUGAGCCUUUUCAUGUGUAUUGCCAUCUUCCAGAGGAAAAUGUCUCUCAGCCAUUAUCUUUUGUUUUGGGCUCUGCUGGACCCCAUACAGCGGCUGUAUCUGAAGGUGCACUGAACAAAUGUCCCUCCCAUACCCACCCCCAGGGGAUCCUAGUUGAAUUUUGAAGAACGUAUGGGGGGAAACAUGCAUAUAAAAAGGGGAGGGGAGUCAUUUCUCUUUGGCCUGGUGUAUGCAGUGUAUAUACUGUACAUGUGUACAUAGUUUGUCAUUGUCCUGUAGGGACUUUUCAGUGGAGUUUCUUUCUGCUUGAGUUCUCUAAAUCCCUGAAACAAAAGGGGAAACCAACAGAACACAAGGGUUUAAUCAGAGUGCAUUGAAAAAGCGAGCAACCACAUUGUGUACUCACUCUCCUUUGGCUCGCUAAUUGUCUGCAGCAGCACUGAUAUUGAAGCAACAACAGGCAGGCAAUGUCAGGGAGUGAUGUUCCUCUAAAGAGUUUCAGGCUGUGGCCAUUUUUUCCUUGGGAGCUAACUGCUGACAACUUCCAACAUACACGACUUGUCACAGUAGCUCAGCGUAUAGACAAAAAAAUGGAGGUCUGAUGACUUGAUUAUCGGGUUGCUUGUGUCUUAGUCUUUCACACCAUUAAGUAUUUAGCACCAGCACUGGCUCUUCAAGCAUGAUUAAACCCCUGGCGAAGAGGAAAUGCGGGAUUCUAAAUCAAGAUGAAGGACAUGGGGGAAGCUGUCUGAAUGUUUCCAAAGAACAAAAUUUAUUAUUCUAUUGCAUAGGUAGGACUUACCUUUUCUAGAUUUUUAAUCAAUUUGCCAAAUAGCUAGAUCUCAUCAAAACUGAAUGGACUGUAUUGUUAAUUUUAAAAGUGAUCUCAAUGUGUUUCUAUAAAUAAAUUAUGGUUUUAGUGAA